AUGGAAGGUAUCCGUAGGCCAUUACGGAGUACUGUGUACGCAUACGCAGUACUUUAGUCUGUUGGUGUGGCUUCGAUGCGAGUGCACGCCCGUGCCCGGGGACCCCAUUGGAAACCGGAUUGAAACUUUGUCCCGGCAGCACCACUGGCGAAGUGGACAGGCGUGACAAGAAAGGACGACGCACUUCCCUUCCCGUCCGUCCCUGCAUCACCCAAUACCUCCCUCGUGGCGUCACGCAUGGCAUGUUUCGUCAACUACAUACCAGAGCCUUCUCUCCCAUAACAACUUCCACUGCUGCUUCCGUAGCUGUGCACCACCAAAGACUUUUUCUUCCCUACAUCUACUCGCUCAAAACUUGUGUAUCAUCGCCAAACCGACCGCAACUAAUCAACAAGAUCCAAUUGCGGGGUAAUCUCAAAGCUAUCGCACAAAAGCACCAGCAAAUUCACACAACCGCAGCAAUGGCUUCCGCAACAGGCUUCUACGACUUCAAGCCCUUGGACAAGCGCGGCCAAGAGGUUGCCCUCGCCGACUACAAGGGCAAGGUCGUCCUCGUCGUCAACACCGCUUCCAAGUGCGGCUUCACCCCGCAGUACGCCGGCCUCGAGAAGCUCUACAAGGAUAUCAAGGAGAAGCACGGCGACGACUUUGUCGUCCUCGGCUUCCCCUGCAACCAGUUUGGCGGCCAGGAGCCCGGCUCCGACGACGAGAUCCAGAACUUCUGCCAGGUCAACUACGGCGUCUCCUUCCCCAUCAUGCAAAAGAUUGACGUCAACGGCGACGCCGCCAACCCCCUCUUCCAGUGGCUCAAGGAGGAGAAGCCCGGCAUCAUGGGCCUCAAGCGCAUCAAGUGGAACUUUGAAAAGUUCCUCGUCGGCCGCGACGGCCAGGUCAAGGGCCGCUGGGCCAGCACCACCAAGCCCGAGAGCUUGGAGAAGCCCAUCCUCGACGAGCUGGAGAAGAAAUAAACGCGAAAAGGAGAGAAUGAUACCCAAGAGCGCGUUUAGCUGCGGACUAAGGGGGAAUUCUGUUGUGUUUUGUCUGGGAAACCCGAGCCAAUCGCACAGGUCUCGUAGUAUAGCUUGGCAACCGCCCUACUCCCUUCGGUUUAGUAUAGUACGGAGGAUAAUUAACAAUAUGAACCACUAUAGUGAUUUGUUCUGUUACAUGCCUGUUUGAAACAUUCGCAGUGCUUGAAGAUGAGGCGGUAAUCAAAGGACGGUCUCAAAACGUGACAUUCGUAGGCUUGAAUAGCUUCAUGUUGACAGUGAGAUACGCAUGGGCUGAAUGAUACUCUUUUGCUGAAGAUCACUUCUAGGUUCUCUGAAAAUCAGAACCUUUGUCCUGUGCCUGUGAAAUCUAGGCUACGAGUUGUGAUAGGCAAUGCGAUAGUGGAUAUUCAUAUAAUUAAAAUACACACGCC